CCUGGACUGAUGGAAGGAGACGCAACACCCUCCAACAUCGCUCCAGCCGUGACGAGGUUAUCAAAAUGCUACCAUACGCCUCAUUAACCGCAGGUCUUCUGACCAUAGCCGCAUUGGCUCAGGCCGACAAGCCUCAGUCGCCAUUGGAGCCAAGCCAAGGCGAUGCACCUCCGAUUCUAGGCUUUGGGACUUGGAACCUAAAAGUAUCGCCGUCCAAUACCACCGAAGCCGUGUCCCUCGCCAUCCAAGAGGGUUAUCGUCACAUUGAUUGUGCGGCCGCAUAUGGGAACGAGGAGGCGGUCGGUAAGGGUAUCGCGGAGGGCCUGGAGAAGGCCGGUCUCAAGAGAGAGGACAUUUGGGUGACCAGCAAGCUCUGGAAUGACCACCAUGGCAAGCUGAACAAGGUCGAAGAGGGGCUGAACAAGACGUUGAAGGAUCUCGGCGUCGGCUACCUGGAUCUGUAUCUGAUGCACUGGCCCGUCGGUGGCAGUUCUAAGCUCGACUACGACUAUAUCAAGACAUGGCACUCCAUGGAGAAGCUCCCGCUGCUCGGCACGGUCCGCAACAUCGGCGUGUCCAACUUUUCUCCUCACCAGCUCAAGAAGCUGAUCAAGAAGUCUUCCAUCAAGCCUGCAGUGCAUCAGAUGGAGCUUCACCCGUACUUGCAGCAAAAGGGCUGGGUCGAGCUGCAUCAAGAGCAUGGCAUACACGUAACCGCGUACUCGCCAUUGGGAAACUCAAACCCGACGUAUCGUAGCUCCUCGCGUGCUGCCAAUACGCACAAGACACCGCCAUUGCUCCUUGAAAACGAGGCGUUGGCCAAGAUCGCGGACAUGCGGAACUGCACGACCGCACAGGUGGCGCUCGCAUGGGGCAUGCAGCGGGGCACGAGCGUGAUCCCGAAGACAAGCCACGCGAAGUGGAUCAAGGAGAACUUCGAAUCAGUAACUUGCGGUCUGGUCGACACCGACGUGGACAAGAUUGAGGAGCUCGGGAAGAAGUAUCUGACGCGGUUCAACAAGCCCGGUAGAUCUUGGGGGGUGAAGCUGUUCGAGGGCCUAGACGACGCGUGAGCAGGAGGGGAGAGGAAUGGGGCGCAGACGCGUCGUCGUGUCUGCCGUGACUGCCGUGCGCCGGCCCACCGGGAGGCGUAGGCGCUAAAUGUGCAUCAACAUUUUCCCACUUCGCCGGUCAACAUGGCAGUGACAGCCUGGACGCGCAAAGGCGCGUACUCGAAGCUUUGACUUGCAUCUACCCGGCUUGGCUGGCAGCAACUGGCCAUGUCUAAUUGUUCCAGAAUCCACGUACCCGAUGCCCGUCACCCCAUGAGUCCCUGGUAAGCAAAUGGCUCGACUCCCUAUCAGAGAUCUCCCUUCUGGAAUGACUAUCGUGCUUUACCAC